UUUUGAUUCGGGACAUACUGUGUACGUGCCUUGAAACUCGUAUCACCUCAGCGGUAACUAGGUCUACUGAAGGCGCGUCAGGAUGCUGCGCCCAGAGUCAUCUUUGAACUCCCAAUCGCUAACUUCGACCAAGGCAAGAUGGCUGGGUUCAUACAUCUGCUGAGGAAAAGAAAAGAGCUUAUUCCUUUAAUUGGAUUCGUGGGUUGUGCUGCAGCUGGUGCAGCCUUUACGUCAGUUUACUUCUUGCUGACCAAACCUGAUGUGAUAAUAAACCGAUCGACAAACCCUGAGCCCUGGGAAAGGAUAGAUCCAUCCAAACCACAAAAGCUCAUUACCAUCAACCAGCAAUGGAAGCCAGUGGAGGAGCUGGAAUUGGUGAAGAGCCUGACUAAAUGAACGUCCCCAACGUGCUCCCCUGCUCCUCCAGACACUUCCACCACACACACCUGCUCAUGCACCUGUUCCUGCACCUCCCACCAGUCUAGCGGAAUCCUUUCUGCACAGACUAGGCUCAUGGAUGAACAGUGUGCGGAAAUGCUUCUACUAAACUGGUGGGUUAUGGCCUGCUCUGCCUCAACUUCUGAAUGAAAAAAUCUGAAUGUGAUUCAUCUUCUGUACGUCUGAAAUAUAUAUUUAUGUUUGUGCACUUGGUAUGUUCUAAUAUAACCCUGUUUGUGUAGUGUAAAAUUUAGCCUUCCAAAUAGUCACUUUGUUAUGGGUUACUUAUGAAAUGAAAUACAAGGAAGCUCACUGUGAAUUUAUGCCUCAGGGAUUUCCUUAGAACAACUAGUUUGCUGUAUCUAUCUACGGCCACACCUAGGUGAAUAGCAACCACAAAAACUCUAAAAGAUAAUGGUGUCUUGCUGAGUCAAAAUCCAAUUUGACAUUAUCACCUUAAGAACACAGCCAAAUGCAUUUUCUGACUCCAGAGACAACAAAGGGGCACUCAGCUGUGGAACCAACUGCCACAGAAAUGCCCCUUCAACAGAAUUCAAAACCAGGCUCGAAACACACAUUUACAUUGGACUUCCCUGUGUUUUAAUUGUCAUACCCUACUAUGGUCUUACCCUGUUAUGUCUGUAAUUAAGUGUUUGUCUCUUGAUGUCAUCUUAGCUUAAAUCACUUAUCUGUAAGUGUAUUUAUUUUAUUAUUCUUUGGCUAAUGCGCUAUGUACAGCACUUUGGUCAGUGAUAGCUGUGUUUAAAUGUGAUCUAAAAAUAAACUUUACUUCCUUACUUA